AUGCCCACAAACCGCCCUCUGAGACCAUAUAUCCACAAUCUGCACGAACGAAUUCCAAAAAAAAUAUCGAAGAUGUCGGUUCCCACCCUCUCCGGGGACCUUACGGUUGCCUUCCGCGUGCUCUAUCUGCGCUGCCUUCGGGCCAAAGCCCGUGGGAUUCAGUCUGACAAUGAAGUCCAAAGCUAUAGAUUUCCACGCUCCUGUUGGUACUGGAGUCGAUUUCAGCUGUCCAUAUGCGUCUGGUUCCCGACCAGCUCGAAGUGUGGGUACUGCACCGUGCAGCACUCGCCUUGCGUCCCAUUCGCGGCCCUCCUGGCCGCUGAAGAGGCCACCCCCCUCAUUCCCGCCGACGUCGUCGCCGCCGCCACCGAGGCCAAUCGGGUGGCCCUCCUGGCCGCCCAGAGCAUGCCCAAGUUCCGCUCCGAGGCGGAGCGUGACCUCUAUGAGGAGGCACGCGCCACUCGGGCUGCCCUCGAGUUGGGGCUGGCCCAAAUUCAGUCGUCGCUGCGCCGUCUCCGGACGGAACAGGAGAGCGUUCCUGCUCUCUUGGGUGAGUUGGUGGUUGCUGUGGGCAAACUGCCCACCACUGCCGCUCCCGCAGUCGCUCCAACUCGGGGUGAUGGAAGGAGGGAGGGGAGGAUGGGGAAGUUGGGGCGGCCUACGGGGCCUAGAUGGGGGAAGACCCUGUGUCGGAGGGGACUCGGGCCUGGCCCUUCGCGUGGGGUCACUUCGACCCUUCGUCUCUCAUGGUGGUAG